ACCACAAACUUCUUCCGUACAACAAAGACACGAAGACAAAAUUAUGUUCUUCUAUAUCCCAAAGUCAUAAAGACUUCUUCAAUACCACAAACUUGUCCUAUAUCACAAUGAAACGAAAACACAUAAACUUCUAUACAAAGACACAAAAACUUCUUCUAUACCAUAGAGACACUAAAAUUCAUUCUAUACCCCUGAAACUAAAAGCACUAAAACUUUCUUCUAUACCACAAAAGCACUAAAACUUUUUCUAUAUCACAAGCUUCUUCCAUACCAUAAUGAUACAAAAAAAACUUCUGUACCACAAGCGUUUUCUAUAUCAUAGCGAUACAAAAACUUUUAUAUCUCAAGCUUCUUCAAUACCAUGAUAACCCAACCUCCCAUUUUUCCCUCCCCUCUCCACCAGGGUCACUCCCGCCGUGUGCUCGUCCGCGUACGUCCGGUGGCCAACUCGGGCACGCUGCCCCUCAUCUGCGAGUCCAUCAGCUCGCUGGCCAUUGGCUGCGUCUGCGUGCGCUCGCGGCUGCAGAAGGGUCUGGACUCGUACCAGGAGGAGGACCUGACUGUGCUGCGGGACCACUGGUCCAAAGCUCUGGCCCGACGCAAGAAGUACCUGGACGAACAGAUACAGAAGCUCAUCAACAAGCAAGACAAGUCGGAGGCAGAUUCGGAGCGGGAGCGCGCCCUCAUUGAGCAGUGGGUGUGUCUGACGGAGGAGCGCAAUGCCGUGCUGGUUCCCUCCCCUGGCAGUAACAUUCCCGGUGCCCCAGCGCUGAUGAUAUGAGUGCGCCCAACGCUAAGGAGGGGCUCCAGGCAGUGGGCAUCAACUCCAUCCUGCCCAAGGAACACAGCACAGAUUAUGUCCCCUUGCCCAUCAUCAAGAGCUACUCGGAGAAAGAUAAUGU